AAACCGGGCCCUAUAAAGCAAGGCUUAUGUAAUACUUCUAGUGUGUUUUGUAGAUAGUGUGUCGCCGUAUCAUGUCCGACGCCUCCUGACAAGAGAUGGACAAACUUGUGAGCUUUUUGGUCACACUGACCAUUUUGGGAGCAAGUCAUGCUGCCACGAAGACAGAUGAUCCCAAUUGCAUAAUAGACUCGACUCUUGAAGCCACCGCUUCCGGCAAUUAUCUCGACUGCCUUUCUGAUGAAAUGGUCGCUGCUGGAACCACGUCAUGUUGUACGAUAGAUAAAGCCAAAGGUUGUUGUAAGGAAGGAGGAAGAUGGGAUAAGAUGAUCAUUAUAGGGUGUGCGAUAGGAGGGACGACGAUAGUGCUGGCCAUCAUCAUCUUUUACGUGAUGUGGUGUAAGCGAGAUACUAUCCCUUGUAUUGGACGUUGUAUGGACUGUACCCAGAGGAAGUAUUAUGAAGUGGAGGAGAGUUUCUGUUGCUGUGAAGGGCGAGUGAUGAAAAGGCGACAGGAACAAGAAAUUAUGAAGAAAUGCAAGGAACAACCAGCGUUUUCACUACCAGAGGAAGCCGUAGAGAAUACGAAGAAGGAAGAUUUCUGGCAAGGACAGCUCAUCAAAAGUUAAAAUAUGCAUCGAAUAGUUCAUGUGUGUGUGUGUAAUCUCCAUAGUCAAAGAUAAUCAUAUUUGUCUGACACCUUAUGCAUCCUGAAAGAAUAUUGUUUUCGGAAUUCUUAAUUCAAAUCUGGAAGUAGAACUAUCAUACUGAAACAUCAUAUAUCUUGAACAGAUUAUUUAUAGAUUUCAGGUUUUAUGAGGUAGUAUCUUGGUGAAAAUCUGUAUGUGAUAUAUUUAAUGAGGAUUAAUGCAUCAAAAGCUGUCUGAAGAAUGAAUUAUGACUAAAUAAUUAAGGUAGUUUCUUUGAAUACAUUUAUAUGGUUGAGAAUAUUCACUUUACAAGUCAUACUAAUAAAUGAUGGACAAUUCAUGGCCUAAAUGCAGUGCACUUUGAUAAACAUGACAGUGUAUGUAUAUGUUUACAUGAUGUAACAUCACCACAAAAAUAGAUAAGUAACCUUCCGCCUAUAAAAACGUGGAUCCGUCUAAGGAAGCAAACAUUUACGAGACUUUAAGCUAUUCCAGGAAUAUCAUUAGUAUUGAGUAGAGAGAUUCGUCAUGUCUAAACAUUUAUUGAAAGGAUUUUUAAAGCAUAUAACUUAUAUUACAUACAUAAAAUGUAUGUUCAUGCUAUUUUUCAUACCUAAAUAAAUGUUAAAAGUGAAAGUUUAUCUAUACAGGAAUUUGAAAUAAUACGAAAUGGAAUACAACUGUGAUAGGAACGAAACAUCCAGCAAAUCGUCAAAUCAAUCACUGUAUUGUCUACUGAUGUGCAUGAUGUAGGCUAGCGCGCCAGCGAAAAUAAUCGAUACCGUUAAGUUGUAAGCGAACAAUAAACCCUAAUUCUAAUUAUCUCUACGGAACCAUUAUUCUCACCUUGAUUGGGAAUCUUAUGCUGAAAUAUUAACCGUCUGUCAGUACGAAUCGUACCGACACUGGUAUGUCAACAUCUAUUAUUAACAACAACCAUAUUGAUCAAACGAAUUAUGGUAUGGUGGUUUCCAGGAUUUUUAUAAAACGUAGUAAAUAAUUUAUUUAAUGUUUUAGCAAUAAAGUGUGCAUUGAAGAUUUCUGGAAUAUCUAAAAGCAAAAAAUUAUUAUGAUUAGAAUCGUUUUAAGCAAUAAAAUGUGUAAUUAAGGUUUCCGGAAUAUUUACAAACAUAGACAACUGUAAUUAGUAUUGUGUUUUAGAGAUGAAGUGUGUAAUUAAGACAUUUCCAGAAUAACUAUAAACAUAGACAAUUUUUAUUAGAAUGGUGUUUUGAAGAUGAAGUGUGUAUUUAAGAUGUAUCUAUGUAUUGUAAUAUAUGUGAUAUUUGCUAGGGCUUUUUAGAUUAAAUACAACAAUUCCUUUUUAAUCAUUUUUAUAGAAAUAUUUAUCCAUUGUGCCUGCUCGAUGAGUUUUGUGUAAUUGACUGAGUUCCUGUUGUUAUUUAAAGAAAAUACUGUUUUUAAAUUUGUUGAUUUGAUAAGCCUAUACCGUUACACCUUCCAUAUGCUAUGCACAACGAAUAUUUCAAUAAGAUGUAUACAGUUAUAUACCUACAUAUGUUACUAUGUAUUUCGUUAUAUAUUGAUAGAACUGUUUUGCCAAAACUAUAUAAAUUAUAUGUACGUAUACUGUAAACGAACAUAUUUUGGCGCCCUCAAAUUUUGGCGCGUACCCGAAUUUAAACAUAUAACCUCAAUGAUGAAUUGACGCACAUACAAUAUUUGCUGUAGAGAGCAAUAUACAGAAACUGUAAUUAGCGAAAUCAUAAUUUAAUGGAAUGCUUUCAGCGUCAAAAUCGCCAAAAUAAGAUUACCGCUAAAAUAUGUACACUUACAGUACUUUCGACCCAUUAUAUGUCUUUGUAAUACCUUAUUGAAAUGAUUAUAUUCUCUAACUGACAUGCGUUUCGAAACAAUUCCAACGCCAAUUUAUUGGUAACACAUUUAAAACCAACUCAAAAACGUUUUUGACCAGGAUGUUUUUUUAUUCAUCGAUACGAACUUUUUUGUAAAGGGAGAUAACUUACAAAAUACAAGUAUGACGUUUAAGAUAUGAUGCAUCUUUAACUGAAACAAUGACGAUAUACGAAAUUUUAAUCUGCCAUAGUGAAAGUAAUAGCAUGUGCGAGACUCUAUCGACAUGUAAAAUAAAAUGAUAAAUAUGUUGUUGUUUUUUUCAGGAAAUUUAGUUGAAAUUAUUUCGACUGUAAUACAUCUUAAACAAUUAGCUCAACAUCAACAGAGAAAAUCGUUUAUCAAGUACAGAGCUAGAUCUUCAUCGAAACAAAAUUGAUCGAUACUCGACAGUGUUAAUGUCACUCCUAAACACGUUUUUCGCUAUGCAUUAUGUUAUGAGUAUGAGUUGACACUUAAUCCGUAUGGCAAAAAAUAUAAGGGUUGUAUCUGAUGAACAUUUCCAAGUAUAUUGUAUUAGUUGUUACAAAGACUUAGGGAGAACUGCUGUUGUCUGAUUAAUCACUGUGUCUUAUAUUUUCAAAACGAAUAAACAAGAUAAUCAUUUAA